UAAAAAUUCAUUUACUCGCGCUAUAUUAUUAAAAGUAAUUACGUGUAUUUUAAAAAUUUGUAGUGAUUUCUAUUAUUAUUUUUGUUUUUCAAAUAUAUACAAUUAUAUGUAUUUUGUUUUUAACUAUUUCGAAGAUAGUUCUUGAAUAAUAUGUCGGAUUCUGAAGUAGAGUUUGAAAGUGCAGAUGAAGGUAGUAAAAGUGGCGAUGGAUGGGAAAUCGAAACUGAUUUUGAUUUACCUGAUUUAGAACAAUCCAUUGAAUCUAAACCUACUGAAAUAAAAUCAUCUGCAUUAUCUAGUGUUUCUGAUUUAGCAAACAUAGAUCAAUACAUAGAACACAAACACAAAAACACAAAAUCCUCCAAUCAAACUAAUACUUUUGAUGCAAUUCCUACACUUCAAUCUAGAUUAGAUAAACUGACAAUCGACAGUGAUGAUACAAAUUCUAAAUCACAUACUCUCAAAGAGGAUAUAACUGCUGAUAAUGCAUUAAAAGAAACUAACUGUCAGAGUAGUGUUUGGGGUGGUUGGUCUAGUGGUUGGAGUAUGAAUUCACUAAUAUCUACUGCAAGUGCAAUAACAAAUCAUGUAUCUCAAGGUUUAACUAGUGUUAUCGGAGCACCAUCACCAGAAGAGUUAGCAUCUAUGAGUAGUAAUAAAGUGACAUUACUAAAUGAUAAAUUAACAGAAGAAUCAUCAGAAUCAAUAUUAGAUACUAAUUAUUUUCUUAGUAAUGUUAGUCAAAUAACUAAAAUUGUGGAAAAUACUGGCAGUAAAUUAAUCAAUGGAGGUCUUGAUACAUUAGAAUCUGUUGGUAAAAAAACUUUAGAAGUUUUGCAAGAAGGUGAUCCUGGUCUACGAAAAAAAAGAGCAUUAUUUUUUCAAAAUUCUGAAAAAAUUAAUUUAUCUCAGGUGUUACAAGAAGCCAAAGAAAAAUCAGAAAUUGAAUCAAAACAAAAUAAUCAAAUUGUAGAAAACAAGGACUAUGCUUAUUUGUUAGAUAGUUUUCAAGGAUUAAUUCAUUUAGAAAGUCUUGAAUUAUUAUCCAAACAGUGUCAAAUGAAACUACAAACCGUUUUGUUAUCAUAUUCUGGAACUCAGUUGACCGAUAUUCAAGAUACAUUGGAACAAAUAAAAGGACUAUGUUAUCUUGUAUGUGAUGAUGAUGAAAAACUAAUGAAUGACGAAGAAUUUAAAAAAUGUCUAAUUACAACCAUAAAUAAAAUUAGUGUUGAUGUCAAAAUAGACAAGAUACUGAAGGUUAGUAGUUCAAUUGAUAACAAAUCAAAUGGAGAGUUUGACACUGAAGAUUGUAUCCACGAUGAAGCUAUUUCUGCAUUGGCUGAAUUGACUGCUGCUGCUAUGGAACUAUACUAUAAACUAGGUGAAAUGAUAAUGAUUGAUACACAAAAUCACCAAGUUUUUGUAAAAGCUGAAAAUCUUUCUCAUCUGAACGAAGCUGUGUGUUGUCGAAUUAGAUCAGUUGCUAAUAAAUAUGCUUGCUUGCUAACACAAUUUGAUGCAGAUGAUACUUCCAAUAAUAUAAGUGAUAUUUAUCUUGAGUCCUCCAAUAGUAGUUCAUACAUUCAAGAUGCUGCACAAUUGUUACUACCUAUUUUGCAAUUAUCUGUUAUUUAA